AGCAUCCAACAAAGUUGACGGAGCCGGACCCAUUCAUUUCUCUACUGCCGACCAAUACCCACAUCACUGCACUUGCUAUUAUUUUUUGGGUCUCCCCCCCCCCUUCUUCCCGCCGCCGCCAACUUUAAAUUUCUUAUAUUUAAAAAACAAAAUCAGUUUUGACGACGACGAAAGUCUUUUUCCUCCAUGUGCGACAUACACCGCCGAGAAUAUCGUUUUUAUUACUACACCAGUGCCGCCGUCUAAUUUUGGCCGUGUUUGAUUGACAGAUAGAUAUUGUGAUAUUAAAAAACACUUUAGAGCUGUUCGAAAUGAUGCGCCGAGUUUCGUUGUUGUGUGUUGUGUUAGCGGUGGCGAUAAAUCACGUCGCCGCCGCUCCAGUCUCGACCGACACCCAAGCCAUGAUGUAUCUAGCCAGGUUCGGCUACCUAGAUCCGGCAUUGCAGAACCCGUCUUCCGGUGCCCUGAUCUCAGGCGAUUCCGUCCGUCGUGCCAUCAUCGAUUUUCAGUCAUUCGCUGGAUUGAAUCAAACAGGUAUUUUGGAUCCGGAGACAUCGUCGUGGAUGAGCAAACCUCGCUGCGGUGUCAGGGAUCGCGUCGGUGCUGGUUCCUCCGCUCGCAGGAAACGCUACGCACUUCAAGGGAGUCGCUGGCGUGUCAAACAAUUGACGUACAGCAUUACGAAAUACCCGUCGGCUCUGAAGACUGCCGACGUGGACCGGGAGCUGGCCAAAGCUUUCCAGGUCUGGGAGGACGUGACCGAGUUGACCUUCGUUCAUCUCAGGACCGGCAAAGUCCACAUCGAAAUCCGUUUUGAGUCGGGAGAACACGGAGACGGCGAUGCCUUUGACGGCACAGGUGGCACUUUGGCCCACGCCUAUUUCCCCAUUUACGGAGGAGAUGCCCAUUUCGACGAAUCCGAAACGUGGACGAUCAAUUCUUACAAAGGGACGAAUUUGUUCCAGGUGGCUGCUCACGAGUUCGGUCACUCACUGGGACUGUCACAUUCCGACGUCCGCUCGGCCCUCAUGGCGCCCUUCUACCGCGGCUACGAGCCCAGUUUCCAAUUGGACAACGACGACGUCGUAGCCAUCCAGCAAUUGUACGGAAAGAGCGGGAAUGUGGCGACAACCACCGAAACCAGUUCCCGACCGUUGCCUCCUGGCCGGGCGACGACACCGAGGGUGACCUUCGACGACGGAAGCAACGGCCGAGGCAACGCGGAACUGUGCGGAAGCGAAGGCAAAAUCGACACCAUGUUCACCGGUCCGGACAACAAAGCUUACGUUUUCAAAGGUGAAAAGUAUUGGAAAUUGGAAGCCGAAGCCGUAGCUCCUGGUUAUCCGCGUAGCAUCCGGGCGGAUUGGGAAGGCCUGCCUGGCAACAUUGACGCCGCUUUCACCUGGACCAAUGGCCGCACCUACUUCUUCAAGGGCUCGAGAUAUUGGCGCUAUACCAAUUUCGAAUUGGACGCCGACUACCCCAAGGAUCUCUCGGAAGGAUUCGCCGGAGUGCCGAGCAACAUCGACACGGCCCUCGUCUGGAGCGGCAACGGCAAAAUCUAUUUCUUCAAAGGGAGCCAAUAUUGGCGGUUCGACCCGCAACAGAAGCCGCCCAUUAAAUCGACGUAUCCCAAAGACAUUUCCAACUGGGAAGGUCUGCCCAAUUCUUUGGACGCCGCAUUCCAGUUCACCAACGGCUACAGCUACUUCUUCAAAAACGGCCAAUACUGGCGGUUCAACGACCGCAGCUUCAAGGUGGACGAAGGCCAGCCAGGUUACCCACGUCCAGCCGGCAAAUGGUGGUUCGGCUGUGACGAAGUCAAUUUCAAAUCUCGACCGGGAGGAUCAAAAUUGUUUGUCGACAGGCCUCACGCCAACGAUCGUCAAGCCGAUCUUCUUGAUGUCGAAUACCGAGACGAUGAGCAGCAGCCUGCCGAUGCUGGUGGCGCCGAAGCCUGACAAUCGUCUUCAGAACAACACAGAGUCGAGACAUAUUGAUAAACGAUUAACUCUUAUUGCAUCCUCCCAAAGACAAAAAAACAAAACAACAACUCAAGAAAAAACUUUUAAGAAAAUGUCGCCAAAGUCUAAAAAACCCCCAAAUAUUUCUGCCCGAAAUCCUAAAAAUUAAAGGUCUGACCCAAUCGGAUAACGAUGACAUCGACAACUCGGUGGACCAGGUGGCGACAACUUUACUGCUGACGGACGGAGAUGGCCCUGCUGCUGCUGCUGAUGCUCCGACCUCCGCCGGCGCCAGCACCUUUUUACUAUCAUCAUCCAAGUUGAUUCUAGUACUCUGCUCGCUGACGUUCAUCAUCAUCCAGCGGAUACAGUAACAAUAAGUUUGGCCCAGCCAAGAAGUUCAUAUAUUGUCCCAGCAGUCCGCGCGUCUAUCAAAUACAAUAAGGUCUAUAUAUAGUAUGUUACUCUAUAGCUAGACGUAUAAUAAUGGAGAAUAAGAGAAGGACCCUAUAGCUCUAUUCUGUCUGCGGGACGAGAGAGAUGAACUGUCCGUCUCUCUCCACCAGCUCCUUAUUCUUCUCUUAUAUUCUCUCUCUCUCUCUCUUGUUGUGCUCUUGUUGUUGUUCUGUUUCCGUCUGUGUGUAUAUUGAAUGCCGUGCGUAUUGUGUUGUGUGUGUAUAUUGGAGAGCUGUGCUGCUGAUCUAGCGAGUGUCUGUCCGUGUUACGAUUGUUGUUCUCUCGUGAAUGAUCGAUCGACUGCUGGUCUCCCCCCUUUUUUUUUCUUCUCCUUUUUGCUCCUUUUUUUCCCCUCACCGAUUGAGUGCGCGCGUGUGUUUGCGUAGAGCUAUGAAUGUUGUUGUUGUUGUUUUUUAUAUUCCUUCCUCGAUACUCUUUUAUUUCUUGCAUGCUGCUGGAUACAUAGAUGUAGUCGCCUCUCUCACACUUGUGUAUCUCGAAUGGAUCGUAUAUAGAACGUCUGCACGAAUGAUUGAGCAUCUCCAUUUACACGGCUGUCUCUCCCCACUGCACUGCGCAAUCCUUUAAAGGUUAAGUGAGGUACAUUCACGCGCAUCAGGGGUUCGUUUUUUUAUAUGGCUCGAUAUAAUAUUUUCCAUGUCGAAUAUCAUUCAUAAUCAUUGAUUUAGUUGUUGUGUAACCAUUUCUUGUUUAUUUUGUUUUUUCUCUCUCCGCCAAGAACUCCGCCAUGUGUGAGACCCCCCCAUACAAACUCUAGAUCAAAUGAGCUGUGAGGCAAAAAUGGGAGCAUUUCUUUCGAGUAUAUUUUUGAUCGACGAUGACUCUCUCUUCAUCAAAGUCAAAUGUCUGUAGUACGUCGGUAUAUACUGUUCUGUAUGAAUGUCGAAGCGGAAGUUCCGGAUGAAAUCCUGUUGUGUGUAGUUCCGUUCAUGUCUCUUUUCUUUUCAAUCUCGUCUGCUGUGUGUGCUCUUGUGUGUGUGUGUGCUGCCUCUCUCGUCGGGGGUUUACAAAUGGCGCAAUGGAUUCAUUGAGUUGUGGAUCCGCGCCGCAAACCGUGACGAUCAACUGAUGUCAUACGAAAUAAAAUUCUAACAAAACCAGAAA